AUGAAGACUGCUUUCUGUAUCGCCGCCAUCUUGGCUUCGGCCAACGCCUUUGUCCCUGCUUCCCGACCUGCCUUCAGCACAAAGGUUGCAGCUGAAGACUUCCUUGAGGCCGAACCAUACUUCGACCAAUCCACCGUUCCAGUGAACACCUUCAAGAACAAGGCUCCCUUCACCGGAAAGGUUGUCUCCACCAAGAGAAUUGUUGGACCAAAGGCCACUGGUGAGACUUGCCACAUUAUCAUCGACCACGAUGGUGACUUCCCAUACUGGGAAGGACAAUCCUGGGGUGUCAUGCCUCCAGGCACCCGUGAGAAGGACGGAAAGCCCCACUCCGUUCGUCUUUACUCCAUCGCCUCUUCCCGUUACGGUGAUGACAUGACCGGAAAGACUGGAUCUUUGUGUGUCCGUCGUGCCACUUACUGGUGCCCUGAACUCAAGGCUGACGAUCCAGCCAAGAAGGGAAUCUGCUCCAACUUCCUUUGCGACAGCACCCCAGGAACUGAAAUCAAGAUGACCGGACCUGCAGGAAAGGUUAUGCUUAUGCCCGAAGAAGACCCUUCCACUGACUACAUCAUGGUUGCCACCGGAACCGGAAUUGCCCCUUACCGUGGAUUCAUCCGCCGUCUCUUUUUCGAAGACACCCCUGCCGCUAAGGCCUACAAGGGUGAGGCAUGGCUCUUCCUUGGUGUUGCCAACAGCGACGCCCUCCUUUACGAUGACGAAUUCCAAGAAGCAAAGAAGAAGUUCCCUGAAAACUUCCGUCUUGACUACGCUCUUUCCCGUGAACAAACCAACAAGGCUGGAGGAAAGAUGUACAUCCAAGACAAGGUCGAGGAAUACGCCGAUGAAGUCUUCUCCAAGUUGGAGAAUGGUGCCCACAUCUAUUUCUGCGGUCUUAAGGGAAUGAUGCCCGGAAUCCAAGACAUGCUUAAGGGUGUCGCCGAGAAGAAGGGUCUUGACUACGACGAGUGGCUCAAGGGCUUGAAGAAGGCCAAGCAAUGGCACGUAGAGGUCUACUAA